AUGCCUGCAUACCUACCUCCACUGACUGUGUGCAAUUGGAAAAAGACAGACAAUACGUCAAAACAAAGUAGUGGAACACCAAUCAAGAUAGAAGAUCCUAAUCAGUUUGUUCCAUUAAAUACAGAUCCCCGGGAGGUCCAUGACAGAAGAAACAAGAUUCGUGAGCAGAAUCGAUAUGACAUGAAGACUGCUGGGCCACAGUCCCAAUUGCUGGCUGGUAUUGUUGUAGAGAAGAAAAGUGCCCCGCUGGAAAUUAAAGAACUGGAAGAUCAGUUACCACCAGGACCGCCAAACCCAUUCAGUUACCUGAAUGAGUGUGAAUUGGAGGAAUACAAAAGGAUAAUUGAACGGAAGCAACAAGGAUUGGAUGAUACUGAACAGGAACUAACAUCAGAUGAUGGUUCUGCGUUAUCACCACCUCAAUCCCCACAAGGCAUACCAGCAAAAUUAGAAGAAAACAAUGUGCCAGCAGUGGUGGUGAAUGGAGGAAAGGAAGAUGGACAAGCUUUAACAGAAGAUGUGACCAAACGUAUCAGCCAAUUAACAACCAGCACUGUGGAAAGUGUGGAAAUUACCAUCAACACAACAGAAAAGAUAGAUUUGAAUGUCAGUGACACCCUUUCACCUGAAGGGUCUCCUUCUAAAUCACCCUCCAAGAAGAAAAAGAAAUUCCGUACACCAUCAUUUCUGAAAAAGAACAAAAAGAAGGAAAAGGUGGAAGCCUAAUUUGUAUGCAGGGAUGCUGCACAAAUGAAAAUGCUGGUCGGAUAUGUCAAUUUUGUAUGCUUGAUAUUGACAUGUUCCUCAGCUAAAUGUCAGUUAACUGUGCACUGACCUAGAAUACAAGGCCAAAUCUAUAUAGGGGUUAUUAAUCUGACAUCAAAACAUUUUAUUGCAAGUUUGUUUAGUAAUUAACUUUUUGCCAAAAGUAAAUCACGUUCUAGUGAAUUCUAGACUUGGAACAGUUAUACUGUGGAAUUCAUUUUGAUCUUUUUUAAAAAAACUCAUCUCAUUAUGUCCGCCAAAAUGUGGAAUUUUAUACAUUAAACACAGAUGAUUUAAUCCAUUGCUGACAACUUUCUAUCUUAAAUUUUUAAUACUAUGAAAUAACUGUUACUAGCAUGCAACACAAGGGUCUAAUGACAGAAUAAAGAAUGCCUGACUCUAGUAUAUUCAAGUUGUAUCAGGCAUAUCAUAGUUUUUAUAUUAGUGGACUAGAUGAAACAAAACUGGAGUCAUGUCAAGAGUGUUUUUUUUUAAAUGCUUUACUGCACUUUUUGGUGAUACAUAACUUACUAGCAAUUUAAAUCCUAAGUGAAUCCGUGAGGUAACUAAAUGAAGGAGAAAUGAUGCUACCAAAAAGGAAAUGGCAAGGUGUGCAACAAGAAUAAGUUUCGGAGAAAGGAUUGAGAUUAUAACAAAGUGGUAUUACAGCAGUUGACUUUUUUGGGGGAGUGGAAAUGUGGCUCAAUUUGUAGAGAUAUUAAAAGGGAAAAAAAGGCAUGAAAAUAACAUUUUAGAUGCACGAUCUAAAAUUAAGCUAGAACAUAACACCAAAACCAAUGGCUGCAUGUUCCAAGUGACCCAACUAUUUUAACUGAUAUAUUUUUAAAUCCCCUUGCUGUCUCCUAUUUGAAGCCCCCGAGAAAUCUGAUGAUAUGAAAUAAAAAGCCUGUUUUGUAAGAAUGGCACCAUAUCUUGGCUAUACCUUAUGGUACUUGAUUUUGUUAGCCAGUAGGUGUAACCUGCUUUCUUGGCUUUCCCACUGAUUAGCCUAUGAGUUAGUUAACACUUAGACCUCUGAAGAAAUCUGUGCCCCAUAAAGUUGGUUUCCCCAGUUUAAGACUGGUAUGAAAAUAGAUGGCUAUUUUUGUCUGAUUUUCAGCGAAUUUAGUCUGUAGGAUAUUAGUUACUUACACUGAUUUUUGAAUCAAUAUUUUGAAAAUAUCUUUUUUUUAACAAACAGCAGCUAUCAAGAGAAUUUCCUUUAAACUAUAUUUUAUAUGUUCUCUUGUAAUGCGUUUGCCAUAAAAUUAUUUCUAAUGUACUAUGGAAUGUGCAGAUAAGGCUUUUAUCUUGUUGAAAGACAAAUGAUCAAUGGUGGGUGCACUCAAACAGCAAUUUAAGUUGCGAUUUACAAAUUUGCUGUUGUACUGUUCACUUUCUCCUCCUUUGGUGUGGACAUUAUGCUUCUGCUAACAAGAUGAUGAUAGGGAGGAAAAGGCAUUUUUAGUUUGAUUAGAUGUUUCAGAACAACUUAAGGAAGGUAUUUUUGUAAGCGUCAAAACUAUAAAAGAUUUAAGUACUGUGAUCUUUAAAUAGUUUCUCCAUAUUUGCACCCCUAUGUUUUUACAGAAGAAAGACAAGGACUUCUGUUGCUAAUAUUUUUACAAAUAGUUAUCUUUUCAUGGUAACUGCCAACAAAAAAUGAGUAAAUUUAAAGAAAUGUUUGAUUCACAAGUUGCAAUGAGAGAAAGCCACUACAUGAGCUAUCAAAAAGAAUAGAUAAAUUAAACCACUAGCAUUGGGGUCUGUGAUCAGAAUCCCAAUUAGUAAUGUGAAUGGUAGUUUGAUUCUGAAUAAUGUAUGUUGAUAAAUGGAAUUGAAGUAGUUGGAAGAUUUGAGGAGAUGGGGAUUGGGCUACAGCAAUGCAUCUCUGAAAGGGAACAACACGUCAACACUAAAGAAUUACUGGAAAGAUUAAACUAAUAAUUAAACUUUAGUUUUAAGAAUUGAACUUUUUUUUUUAUUAACUGUUUAAGUAGUGAUUAUCCAAGCUGUGUGCUUUUGGUAAUUUUUCUGUUUGAGGGGGGGAAUUCCUGUCUAUAUAAUUUAUGCAGCUAUACAUUACUUUGAGUUAAUUCAUCUGGUUAGCACCAUAAACACGUGCAACGACCCAUUGUCCUGUGGAAAAUGCUUAACAAAGUUGCUUUUAAUUGUGUAGCAAAUCAAUGUAAAAUCCACAAAUAAACAGUAUUUUUUGAUGUGGAAAUUCAGUUCCCAUUUUAGAAAUCUAUCAUUUGUAUCGUGUACUGGAUAUUUUCCAAUAACCUUAUUAUCCAAUUAAGCCCUAAUUAUUUGAUAUAGUGUCCUUUUAAAAUUAUAUUCUGACAAAUUCCAUUGCUUUCUUAUAUUUUUGAAAUUCUAUAAAGCAUCCAAAUCUUUGGAGCAUUUCAAAGUCUGGAAUCUGCUUAUUGAAGAAUGUAAAAUAAAUGGCACUCUGUAUAGUAGCUUACUUGCUCUAUGAAAAAUUAAAUACCUACAUAUAUAAAGACACCAAAAA